AUCGGAUAGUUUUAGUGAACAUGAAAUUAAUUUGGAAAUUGGCACUUUAAACAUAUAUUCUCUAACAGCACAGGAAAAGCAGAAGUUUAUACCGAUGUGUCUACCAUAUUGCACAGUAUGAGAUCUAGGUAUUUUAUUUAAAAUUGUAACUGUAUAAUUCUUGCUCAGUCUACUGAUUUGGAACGUAGAGGGAUAGAUAUAUAUUGUUCCUUCGAAUUGGGCAGUGUUCAGUGUUAACUGUUAACUUGAUUAUGGUAACAGAGGACCUUAUUUCAAACCCAAGUCAUGUGUACACGUUGGACUAGGAUUGCAGAUACUGCUUAGCUAUACUGGAAUUAACUUUAAAAGGACAACUUUAGUAUUUCCUUCGGGAAAAUCUGCAUUGGUAAAAUUAUUUCGUGUAUACACUGAUUGAUUCUUUCUGGAAGCUAAGUAAUAUUUUAAUUAACUAUGGUUAAGUGUAAGUAAUCACAAGGUCUGUGAUAGCUUCUGUGUGAUGAGAACACGGUCUCUACUUUGUGUUGCUGAUGAAGAAUGGAAACAGGGAAGUCAAAUACUCUGGGGGCAAAGGGAUUGGUAUUCCCCAGAUCUUGCGUGCAUUUGUCCGGGUCUUUUAUGCCACAUCAAUUGAAGAACUGGAAGAGAUGGCCACAGAGGCUGCUGAAAAUGAUGGCCGACUUGCAAGGCGCCCUUUGAAGGCGGAGAGAGAAAUCCAUGCUCACAGCAAGUUGCUCUUGCACCUUCAUUAUAUGAUUCAGCGCCAUUCUACAGCUAUUGAGGAGGAAAGAUUAAUGCCAACAGAGUUAGGAUUGGAGGGCUCUGGAGGAGGAAGAGGCAGAUUGAGAAGGCAGGAAGAUGCUGCAGCGGGCAGCGAGCAAUGCAUACUCAUGGUGGUGGGCGAGCCACAUCCGCACCAAGCAGUCCAAAUGGCUCGACAACCACCUCCAAGAUAUGGAGCACAGGGUCAAGUGCAUGCUCUUACUCCUUGGAGAGGAAGCCGAUUCCUUUUCAAAGAGAGCAGAGAUGUACUACAAGAGGCGACCGGAGGUGAUUACUCAGGUGGAAGAAGUAUACCGGGCAUACAGGGGCCUUGCUGACCGGUAUGACAUCAUGUCAGGGGAGCUGCACAAAGCAAAUCACACCAUUGCAACUGCUUUCCCUGACCAGGUCCAGUAUGCAAUGCUGGAAGAGGAGGAUGACAAUAUCCCAAAGGCAUUUACCCCAGUCGAUCCGCGCAAAAUCCACAAGUCGACCGUCGAUGGAUUGAUGAAGAAGAAGAAGAAAGGAGAUGAUCCCGGGGGUGUCGGCGGAGCCAAGGACACCGCAGCUCCAAUCAUCAACAAGGAGAAUGCAAGGGAGGAGAUCAGCAGGCUACAGAAAGCUAUACUUGUGAUGCAGACCGAGAAAGAGUUCAUCAAGAACUCCUACGAGAGCGGCAUUGCAAAGUACUGGGAUCUUGAGAAGGAAAUUAAUGAGAUGCAGGGACAGGUUUGCCACUUCCAAGAUAAGUUUGACGAAAGCGCAGUGAUCGAGGAUGACGAAGCCAGAGCCUUGAUGACAGCAACUGCCCUCAAAUCCUGUGAAGACACCAUCUUGAGAUUGCAAGAACAGCGCAAGACUUCUGCCAACCAGGCAUUGGACGAGUCCGAAAGAGUCAAGGUAUUGAGAGAGAAGCUUAAGCCUAUACUGAAUGAACAUGGCAAAUCUCUGCCAGAUUUGUCUGAUAAAAGCUUACGAAAGAAUCAUGUCACGGAGAUGGGGGAUGUGUACCAUGUGAAGCUGGGCGAACUUGAGAUGGAAACGAUAGUCGGCAAGAUCAAGGAACACUUUGAGAGGGACUGCAACAUCUCCAUGUCAGAUAUCACGGAGCAGAUUGACGAGCUUGUCAAUAAAGUUGUUGAUCUGGAGCUUAUGGUUUCAUCCCAGACCUCACAGAUUGAUAGGAUGCGCCGCGAGAACGACGAGUUGGAGAAUACCGUGAAGAGCCUGGAGGAAGAGAAUCCAGACCUUGUGAGUGGAUCAAGCGAAUUGGAUGAGAAGCUGAAGCAGGUAGAAGAGGAGCUCAUCAGAGUGCAGGCUCUUGAAAGCUCCUUCCAUAAAGACGAGAGCACAGUACGUUCAAACUUCACUGAAGCGAUAAGCAGAUUCAGUGAUUUCUCGGAUAUGUUGCAGUCGCCAGUUUGCGAGCACCAGGCUGGUGCCAUGCACACCAGUGAAGAAGCACAUCCUUCGGAGCCAUGCACACCAGACUGCGAUGAUGGCAUCAAGGAAGAAGAAGGGCCACAAGAACAAAAUGAAGAAAAGAAGGAUACUGUCAUGGCUGAUCAUUCAUCAGAAGAGGCACAUGAACCACACGCAGUACCAGCAUCCCAUGAUCAUACAGCUGCGCCCGAUGAUGUGGCCAAUAAAACAGAGGCAGCGGCAGCGGCAGAAGCAGCAGCAAGCAGUGAUACAUCCGCCGAUGGCAGUAAAAGUUCAGAUAACGGGCAAGACAACAAGAUUCUGCGUCCGGGUUCAUUAGCACGGCUCCGCCAUAUCUCGUCUGAUAACCAAGGUGAGGAACAAGAAGGAGCGAACAAGCAAGGUUCGGUCGACGGCGCCGGUGAUAUGAAGAAGCUGCAGGAGCGUCUGAUGGAUGGUCUAGAAGACAAGGAGAAGGUGCUGCUAACCGAGUACACUUCGCUCCUUGAGGACUACAAGGAUGCCAAGAGGAGGCUGCUGGAGGUGGAGAAGAAGAACCAGGAGUGCCUCAAUGAGAUCAAGUCGCUUCGUGAUCAGCUGCUGGGCGACAAGGAGAGGAAUUGCUCGUCAGGGGAGAGGCCGGGCAGGGGUCACAGGAGGACACCAAGCUAUGGUUAUCAUCAGAGGAGGCAUAGCCUUUCUUCCAUCUCUAAGCUCAUCAGGAUGGGCUCAGCCGUCCAAGAAGCAGCAGGCAACAAUGAGUCCAACGAUGCUGAUUCUGGGCUGGAAGACAUGAGGCUGCCAACCAUCGCCGAGGUCGAGAAGCCGUCGCCGCUGGAAGAGAAGUUCAGACGAGACAUCGACACGCUGCUGGAGGAGAACCUCGAGUUCUGGAUGAAGUUCAGCUCGUCGCUGCAGCGGGUGCAGGAGUUCCAGAGCAAGUACGACGACCUGCAGAGGGUGACGGUGGCGGACAACAGCGACGGCGAGAAGAAGCUCCGGGCGCUCAAGACGGAGGUGCAGGUGUGGUCGGAGCAGAACGCCAUGCUGCGCGGGGAGCUGCAGUGCAGGUUCACGUCGCUGUGCGACAUCCAGGAGGAGAUCACGGCGGCGCUGGAGAACCAGGAGGCCGGUGAGAAGGAGGAAGAAGAAGAAGAAGAAGGCGCGCCGCGGUUCACUUCCUACAGCGCCGGCAAGUUCCAGGGCGAGGUGCUCAACAUGCAGCAGGAGAACAACAGGGUCUCCGACGAGCUGCAGAGCGGUCUGGACCAUGUCAAGACGCUCCAGUCGGAGAUCGAGAAAAAGCUCAACGUCGGCCUGUCCUCCUCCUCCUUGGCCUCGGGCUCGGCGGAGGAGUCGCUGGAUCCCAACGCGUCGGCGGUGGUGGUGCUGGCGAGGGUGCCGUCCAAGGCCAAGGUGCCGCUGCAGAGCUUCCUGUUCCCGACCAAGGCCAAGAAGCCGUCGCUGUUCGCUCGUGUCACGCCGGCCAUGCUUCACAAGCAGCAAGUAGACAUGAAGUUCCUUGCCAGGUUGCCAAGGCCAAUGUAACCUCAGAGAUCAAUGGAAUUACACGCGUCAGUUUGGUUUUGUUUUACCUUUCCAUUUUCAUGUGUUACCAAGUUCAGAAUAAUUCUAAUCUAGUUGUAAUUUCCUCCAUGAUACCUUUAGAAUAGUCUUUGUGUAAUCUUGGUCUCCUGGAGAUGCCUUUAUUAUGAAUAGCAUAUCCAAAUACACACACA